AUGGUCUUGUUUACCGUCACCAGGAAGGAGACUGCUCCGAUACAGGGCCAGAAGCCCGGUACUUCCGGCCUCAGGAAGAAGGUAACUAUGCGCUCUGAAUUCCUCAGUUGGAGCUCCUGGUCAUUGUUUCUCAGCUCCAUGCAUACGAACCCGUUGUUCCCUCUCCACAUGGGAGCUUGUUUGAAUUUCGCGGAUCGUGCCCUUGUCUAGUGAGGCGAUGCUCUGUUGUGGAAGACUUUGAUUUGGAUCUUUCCCCGCUCAUUCAUGCCGUGAUGAGAUCUCCCCUAGUUGAUGAGAUCUCUAUGCUGGUUACGUUUAUAUCAUUCAUUCUCAUAUAUCUGUGAUCCCGGAUAGUUGUUUUUAAGUUUCCAAACCAUGGGGUGGGGAGAACAGUGGAUCCGCUUCGACAUUGAAAGAUCGUGGUGUGUGGUCAUGCGAAAUUCUAAAAUGUGCUCUCAUUUCUUCAUAUUCUCAUCUUAGGUUUCAGCGUGUGCGUACGAAUGAAUAGUUUCUUUUUAUCAAGAUAAGAACGUGUAAUGGCAGCUCCCGUAUAUUUCACUUUCUAAUAUCCUUCGAACGAUCUAAGAAUGUUUUUGGAUGUAGCCGGGGAAUUUUUUUUCACUCUGUUGAAAAGUGGAAUGGAGCGAUUAUCAAUAAAAGUCCGUAGGAAAAGGAAACUAGUCUGAGAAUAAUAGCCUUUGAAUGUGUUGACCACAAGGCCUGUGGAAUAGCUCUGUCAUCAAGUGGACCUCGGCAGUUGCCACAACAUUUGUGGCAACAGAAAAUGCUAUUAUUCUUGGAGUUAUCGUUUUCAUCUAUUCAGAAGAACUUUUUCAAAGCAUAAAUAAUAUUUCCAGCUAAACUCAAGUCUCAAAGACAAUUAGAAUGUAAACCGACAAGAAGAAUAAUUUUAAAUGUCUGGGGAGCUUGUCAUCUCCCCAGUUCAUUGCCAUUCUAGUCUUUCAUUAUUUAAAAUUGUUUCUUUUUUCCAACCGUGUAAUGAUGUCAUCCCUUUCCAGGUAACGGUAUUCAAGCAACCUAAUUACCUCCAUAACUUUGUUCAAGCAACAUUCAAUGCACUUUCACCGGACAAAGUCAGAGGUACUUUGUGCUUAUUUUUUCAUACACUUUUUUCGAGAUAUUAAAGAAAAUGCUUUUUUGUCUUGUACUAUUUGGUCCAUUUUUUUAUCAUAAAAACAAGUUUCUGUUCUCCUCAAUUUUUUUCUUCAACUUGAUGGGCUUUUUUUUCGGGUUUCUACAUUCCAUUUACCUUCUUCUCCUUUUUUUUUUUCGGUUGAUAGGUAUUGUUACAUAAUUAUUUUAUAGCGUGUUCUUCUAAUUUUCAAGAUGCUUCGUGGUCAUGGUUUAAAAAGUGUGUACUUUUUGCCUCCUUAACUGUCUCUAAUUGUUUGUCCUCCAACAAUGUCAGGUGCAACAAUUGUUGUUUCUGGAGAUGGACGCUAUUUUUCUGAAGAAGCCAUUCAGGUUGGCAUACAAUUGUUCCUCUUUAUUUUGGCGUCUUCAUAAGUGUUUAAGAUGAUUCAACUUCUCACAUUUUCUGAAGUAAUUUUAUUGUUUCUGGUUCAUCACAAAAAUUUCAUGGGAAGUCAGUUUACACACAUUCAUAGAAUACGAAAUUUUCAUCUCCAUGAAAAGUGGAUUUUAAGUUAUUUCCUGUACCAUUUGGACCAUCCACGAGACAUGGGCGGGUGUUUUCAUCGACUCCGUUUGCAACUAUUCUGAAUCCAAGUUUUUUUUUUUCCAAUUUCAGUUUUAUAUUCAAAAAAUUUGGAAUCGACGCGGUAAUAUAUGUCUAAUUUCCAGCUUUGCUUCACGAUGGCAUAAAAUUUGAAAAUGUCAGUGUGACAACCAUUCCAUGGGCCCAAGCCCAACGUCAGAAACCUUCUUAACGUUCGUUUGCCAUCUUAUUUUUGAACUUAUUUAUACAUUUUUGUUCUCUAGUUGGAGAACAUUCGGCAGAGAUUAGAUCUUUUUCUUCCUAUAAAUGUAUUAUUCUGAGAGCAUAAAAACGUGACACCCAUUCAUGUUUUUCUCCCUGGCCACUUCUCUUUCAUGAUACUGCUUUUAACCAUCCUUUUUUUUAAUGUAAUAAUGUACGAAAACAGUGAUGGCCCUCAUUAUUUUUUUUCUCCCUCGUCUCUUCUCCUUCAUGAUACUGUUACUUUCGUCAUCCUUAUCUUAGUUCUGAUUUUGUAUGAAUAGCUGAGGAGAUUGAAAAUCAGUUUUCUCCUUAAGUUGUGCGAAUUAUUUAUAACGUGCUUAUUUAACGAUUUUCCAGGAGGAGCAAUCUUGAUCCUUUUGGCGUAUUUUGACAUUUGUGUCUGAAACCUACAGAUUAUCAUUAAAAUGGCUGCUGCAAAUGGAGUAAAAGGUGUUUGGGUUGGACAAAAUGGACUCCUAUCAACACCUGCUGUAUCAGCUGUUAUACGUGAAAGAGUUGGGAAAGAUGCAAGUUUUUAUCCCUCACUAUUUCACUGAUCUUCUUUUUAUUUCUCUGUCAUAUAUUAAUAUGAGAACAACUCUUUCUUAAAUCUCAGUCGAUAUUGUUUUCCGGUGAACAGGGAUCCAAGGCAGCAGGAGGUUUUAUUUUGACAGCAAGUCAUAAUCCAGGUGGCCCUCAUGAGGUAUUCUUUUUGUUGUCACCUGACAUGAAGUGACUGUCCAUAAAAUAUUCAUUACAUUUAUAAGCUGUAACUAAUGUUUAUAUUUUCCUUUUAUGUUGCACACGGUAUAUAUUUAGGAGUUUCUAAUAAUUCUUUAUUUCCUUUCAUUGUACAUUUAACUCUUGAGGAUUUAUUCUUUCUUUUGCCAUGAUUCUUAUGAGUAGACUAUUCAUUUUUAAUCUAUUCCCAGAAAUGAGGGGACAUAAAAAUGCGUUUUAAGCAUUUUAAUGCAGAAUCUUCCAUCUUCGAUCUUCAUUAUACACACUGUCUGCUCAUAUUUUUACUCCACUCUUUACAGUCACUGAUUGCAUUGCCGUGGUCAAUGUGAAAUCCUUGGCAUUCUUUUCGUUGUUGCUUUGUGAUUAUUUUCACUUUCUUUAUAUUUUGAUGUGUUUUACAAGGACUUUGGGAUUAAAUACAAUAUGGAAAAUGGAGGACCUGCGCCUGAGGGGAUUACUGACAAGAUUUAUGCUAAUACCACGACAAUUAAUGAAUAUUUCAUCGCAGAAGAUCUUCCAGAUGUAAAGCAAACCAUCACCAUCUUUAGAUUCAAAGCUCUGUAGUGAUUUCGUGUCUUUAUCUUCCCUAAGAUUCGAAUGUUGUCAUUUUAUCAUUGAUACAGGUAGACAUUUCUUCUAUUGGAAUAACAAGCUUUGGGGGACCUGAUGGAUCAUUUGACGUGGACGUUUUUGAUGCAACUGAUGAUUAUGUCAAAUUGAUGAAGUAUGUGUCUAUCAACAGUAUUUUAUCUUAUGUAGCACUAUGGAUUCAAUUAAAUGUUGCUCGAUCAUUCAAAAUUCGAAUUUUAAAACCUUCAAUAAUUUACUUAAUUUUUUGGGAUAAGUUAUAAUUAAAUAGCUGUGGGACAGAUGAAUUUCGUAUUGCACCUAGAUUAGAAUCAAUGAUUCUUUAUGACUCGUGCCAUUGUUAUGAGAUAGGUUUGUUUCUGAUGAAUCUAUCAUGUAAAAUGAGUCUAACUCUCGUGUAAAAGUCUACAACGACUUAACUGAGAGUUAGUCUACACUAACAUGGAUCACUGUAAAUCUGUUAGGUUAGGUAGAGGGGUACCGGGAAAAAUUAGUCCAUAAUUGUAGAGUCAGUGACGCUCAAUAAUUCUCCUACCAUUGAACUAUAGCAAGAUUCGCCUCUAUGAGGAGUAUUAUUGGGUAGCUAACAAUGUAAAGUCCCACUUAAUUAAUUUUUGCAAAGAAGUUGAAAUAUUUUUUUUCCUUUGUUUAUCUUAGAGGAUGCCAUUCAAGGUUAAAAUAGAUAUCUUACAAGAAAUAUACGUUUCUUUCCUACAAGUAUUGCCAUGAUUGUAUACAAGGUCAUCAUGUCUGAACCCAGUUUAUUUAAGAAAGAAAAUUGGAAGAUAUACUCUAUGCCGGUCAUUAAAACGGAUAGUUUUUCUAUUCUAAUACUUGGGAUUGGAUCUUAAUGUAUAGAAAGACCAUAUAUAAGAAAUACCAUAUUUCCUGGAAACAUUGUUGUUAGUCCCAUUAAACUGAACCUCUUAUUAUUUACUAAAUAAAUAAUGAAGAGACCGUGGAGGUAAUGUCCAGACCCUACCCACUAUCCCUUGCAAUAUGUGAAUGAUUGCUAGCUUAGGUCUUCUACUGCUUGCUAGAUUAAUAAGUUGACCUUCUGGGAAUUUCAAAAUAGUUGCUUGUGUUCAAACCAUUACUUGCUCAAAUCAUUUUGGAGAUACCCAACAAAGGACGACCUUAUACCCGCAUCUAAUUCAGAUACAUUCAAAUACUUUUUAGCUUUUUAUUAAACUCAUAUGAAACAUUUUCAUUGUUAGGGAUUGUUCCACUAAUCUUGGAUAAUAUUAUGGCAACUGACAUGUGGCGUUAACCUUGCUGUUCCUUGUCCUUUUUAGAUCAAUCUUUGACUUUGAGAUCAUCAAGAAGCUUCUCGCAUCUCCGAAAUUUUCAUUCUGGUGAGUCAAGAAAUUUUAAACCAGUUAAAAAUCGUUAUAUCUUUGCUCUCACUCAUAACUUCAUUUUUUGAAUCCCUUUCAGUUAUGAUGCACUUCACGGGGUUGCUGGAAUAUAUGCCAAGCGCAUUUUCUUGGAAGAGCUUGGGGCUAGUGGUAGUUCUUUGAUAAAUUGUACACCUAAGGUGAAAAAGAAAUAUUUCAUGCUACAGUCACCUUCUGCUUCAUGCAUACUUAUGUGUGCUCAUCUGGUUAAAACAGGAGGACUUCGGUGGUGGGCAUCCUGAUCCCAACCUCACCUAUGCCAAGGAAUUGGUUGCACGUUUGGGACUAGGCAAGUCCUCCCCAGAGGGUGAACCACCAGAAUUUGGUGCUGCUGCGGAUGGUGAUGCUGAUCGUAACAUGAUCCUUGGUAAAAGGUAUUUAAAAAAAAAACGCAGAUAACAUAAACAUUGCUUUAAGGAAAUAUUACCUUCAACUUAUAUGUUCUUCGUUUUGAUGUUAGAUUUUUUGUCACUCCCUCUGAUUCUGUUGCCAUCAUUGCUGCAAACGCGGUUAAAGCUAUUCCUUAUUUCAACUCUGGUUUGAAGGGAGUUGCCAGGUGCAAAACGAUCUCAUUCUCCCCUUUCCUUUAGCGUGAUCAAACUUUCCCACGUUUCAGAUAUUUCUGUUCUAUCUUUCUACGCCGACAAGUCCAUUGUCACCUAAAAAUAAAAUAUCUGGGUUUAUUGGUGCCAAGUUCUUUGUGGGUUUUCAAGCUACAACGUUGUUUGCAGGAGCAUGCCCACAUCAGCAGCCCUUGAUGUUGUCGCUAAGAACUUAAACCUGAAGUUCUUUGAGGUAUUUCAUUUGGAAGCUGUUGAUGUGGUUUCAUUAUUUCAGUCGUAGGUGCCCUAGCUACGAUGAGAAUUUCUGUUGACUUCAGGUACCCACCGGCUGGAAAUUUUUCGGGAACUUGAUGGAUGCUGGUGUUUGUUCCGUAUGUGGUGAAGAAAGCUUUGGGACUGGUAAUAUUUCUAAAAAUUAAUUUGUAUUAGUUUUCUUCUCAAUUUUUGUUAUGUCCAAACCUGCCUCAAAUCAGUGAGAAACAAUAAUGAUAAUAAUGCUGGAGUUAUCAUGCGCUGCCACAAGGUUGGUCUCAUUGCUCUGUCACUUUGGGGUGGGACCUCUUGGUUGUUGCAUGGCUAGGUUACAGGCUGGAUUCCAAUAAAACCUGGACUUAGCCCGUGGAAGCAAUAGGCUGGUUGUUUCAUAGGCUGAGGUUGUCUCAUAGGUUAAGGCUCUACCAUGGACAAACCCGAUGAUUACUCUUCUCAAUACACUACAUUGCAUAAAACAAAACGAAAGUACGUGGCAAUAUUGUGUGCUGUCAUGAGAAAAAAUAAAUUAUAGGAUAAGUGUGAAAUUGCUUACUCAACUAAAAAGUAGAGAGGUGAUGAUGUAGAAUGUUCGAAAGUUACAGCUUAGAAGGUUGAAAAGGGUAAAAAUGCGGGGCUUAGAAGUGGUAGUGCAUUCCCAGCUCUUGCUAUUAUUUUCCUAUUUUCCUGGAGAUCUUUCCUUUUUGCCGUUUUUGUUCUGAAAUUCUUAUUUUUUAUAUAUCUAGAAUUAAUUUUUGCCCAGUUUGAAGAAGGAAAACUAUAAAUUAUUUUGUUUCAUUCUCUCUUGUGGAUUCAACGCAUAUUUUGAUUUUGUUCCUCGUGAAUUCAAGGUUCGGUUCUCUUCGUGGCUUCUUCUAUGUCAAGUGGUAUUAGAGCUAGAUUUUCAAACUUAGAUUUACCUUUGCGACAAUGUUUCUCAUGCACGACGGAGGCAACCUCAUUAAUGGCAUUGCUCUUAAGGAAGAGGCUCUCUCAAGAGCUGACUUCUGGAGUCUCAAACUAAUGUCUAUUAGACUCUGUAGCAUGGACAUCGUACCUUGCCAAAACUAUGGGUGAGAAUGAUUUUGACCAAGUUUCGCAUUAACUAUACCAAAAAUUUCAGAUAUGCCUAUAUAUUUUGCUGCCAUGUGGAAGAGCUGCUUUGUAGAUUGUCAUCUGGCACCAAUUUAUCAAAUUCCAUGCAUUAUUUCGUUUGAAAGGAGAGUUGACAAAAGACACCAAGGAGAAGGUGCAAUGGCAUCAUAAUGCCCUAAAUCAUUGAUGAAGAAAGGCAACGGCUUGAGCCAAUUUGCAAAUAAUAUAUGCUAUGUUUUUCACAGCACAAGGGGAGAAACGAUGUGGUUGACAAACGAAUGGCAGGUGAGAUCAAUGAGAUGACCAAGAUCAUACAUCCCAAACUUAGACUUCAGCCCUCCCCGUAUCUCCCUCAGAUGAACACAGUUUUAGUAUUGGGAACAGAUUGCCGACUGUCUAAUCAAAGGGGUAUUUGCAUACCCAGUAAAUCAGGAAUCCUCGUUCAGAGAAUGACAACGAUCAUAUUGCUGAUUCACAUUCAAACUUGUUGAUCUUUCUGAAUAUUAUUAGCUACUAAACAAAACAGCUAAGAACUAAAACUGCCCAGAAGAUACAACCAUAGAAGCCUCAACAGGAUGACACAAGGGAAACCAAAAGGUAGCAGCUCAUGGGGGGGGAUCUUCUAUUUUUAGCUCUUUUCGUAGGUUUUUUUAAAGAAUGAAGAAUCAUAGAAGGGAAUGGUUUCUUUCAACCGAGUUCAAUUUUUAUUUUUUUUCAAUCUCCAUCGUAGAUUUAUGGCGUCCUUCCUUUCCCUUCAAGGUUCGAUUCUGUUCUCAGCUCCCCCUAAACACAGGAGAGAGAGAGAGAGAGUUGAGGACCACUUAAAAGGCUACUAAUGACACUGUGAGAUGUCAUCUUCCACAUUCUGGGGCAUCGGGAUCAUGAAGGUGGGGGGGUGGAGAUGUCAUCUUCCACCCCCCCACCUUCUUGGAAACUUGUUAUUGGAUCACUAUUUUUGGUAGUAUUUGCCCUCUUGAUCUGCCCAUGUCCAGAUCCUCGUUCUCUGGCAUUGCUCCCAGAACGGAGUUCAUCGUAGUCAACCCCGUGUGCCUGCAGGUUCCGACCAUAUCAGGGAGAAGGACGGAAUUUGGGCGGUCUUGGCUUGGCUCUCCAUCCUCGCCUACAGGAACAAGGACAACGUUGACGGCGACAAGCUCGUCACGGUGCAGGACAUAGUUGAGGAGCACUGGGCCACCUACGGCCGCCAUUACUACACCCGAUACGACUACGAGGUAAGAGAGACCAUAACCCUCACUCUUUCUUUCAUAUCUUCGCAGCUUCCGGUCGUCUUCCGUUGACCUCUCGUCUCUUCCGUCGCGAAGAACGUUGACGCCAGCGCUGCAAAGGAGCUGAUGGCGGCCUUGGUCAAACUGCAGUCCUCCCUCUCAGCCGUCAACGAGUAUGUAUCCUAUCCCCCUCUUUUAGCUCUCUUCAUCUGGGUAUGGAGAGAGAGAGAAGGCUCUGACGGUUCGGUGUGCCGCAGGAUUAUAAAGGGGAUCAGGUCAGACGUAGCGGAGGUCGUCGAGGCUGACGAGUUCGAAUACAAGGACCCCGUCGACGGCUCUGUCUCCAAGCACCAGGGGAUUCGCUAUUUGUUCGGCGAUGGAUCCAGAUUGGUAAGAACCCUGUGAGGGGUACUUUAUCGCGUAAAGUCAACCUGGCGGAACCCCAGCUAAUGGGACCCACUUUCGGGCCGCAGGUCUUCCGCCUGUCUGGUACCGGCUCGGAGGGCGCGACCAUUCGGCUCUACAUCGAGCAGUACGAGAAGGACCCCUCCAAGACCGGAAGGGACUCACAAGACGCACUCGCUCCCCUCGUAAGAACUCUCUCUCCUCUCUCUCUCUCUCUCUCUCUCUCUCUCUCUCUCUCUAUCUAUCUAUCUAUCUAUCUUUAUCUCUCUCUUUCUCUCUCGCUAUCUAUCUUUAUCUCCUUCUUGGCUUUUUCCAUCACCCUCUCACUUCCUUCCGAUGCCCGCAGGUGGACGUCGCGUUGAAGCUGUCAAAGAUGGAGGAAUUCACCGGGCGCUCGGCUCCGACGGUCAUCACAUAG